UUAGCAUCUUAUUUAAAAUAGCGAGGAUUUUCCCACGCUUUACCGAAAUAUCGCACCAAUCGACGGAUAGAAUAGACCACCGGUAAAAGGUUCAUACAUUUAUAUAGACUCUCUACAUGCCAUUGUACGGUGCGAUUCGCGUCCCGAGAAAGAAGAAGAGCUGAUCGCUGCGACGAUGGACGUGUGCUACGAGAACGUAGAUAAAAGGCCCACCGUGCCGUCGUCCCGCAAACUGCUUCAAACGGCGAAAACGCGGCGAAGACCAGCGAGAUCUACAGAGCUAGCAGCACAGCAGCAGCACCGCAGGAUGUACUACAUCUGGUUCUUCGCCAACAUGGCGUGGGCCGUUCUAGCCUUCCCGUUAGGCGUGGGCGCCAUCUCGCUCGCUCGUAACUACCAAAUGUAUCGCGACCAGAAGGACCACGUCCUGGGGUGGAAGAAAAGGUGGGCCCAGUCCACUAAGCCAGCGCCGGCGUUCCGUCAUUCCUGGAGCGGUGUCGCCUCCAGGUCCACAAGAGCGCCGGACGUGCCAUACCGAGAGUCGAAAGAGUGCCGGAAGCCGAGGGUGCUACCAGAGUCACCAUGGAAGCCACCGUUCACGGAUCCCAUAGAAGAGUACCCGGCAGCUGAUCCCGUGGACGGUCCGAUCCUUUGUGUCUUCAACCACAGUAGCUACCGGAGGGAGAAGGAGUGGGCCUUUCGCACCGGUCUCGUCAACGGUCGUCUCUGUACGCAUGUCGUCUACGCGUCCGCCAAGGUCACCGGCGACGACUUGACCAGCGCCGAUCCAGGCUUCGACCUGGUCAAGGAGGGCUUCAAGAACUUGGCCCUUCUGAAGACCAAGUACCCGCACCUGAAAGCGCUGGUGUCUUUCGGCGAGUACGAGAGAGGCAGCGCGAACUUAAGCGGCCUCGCCUCGUCGGCGGUGCGGAGGGCGAAGUUCUCGCAGAACGUGCUGUCUUGGCUGAUCGAAAACGACUACGACGGAGUGCACGUCCACUGGACCGUCGCGGACGCCGGAAGAUGCGGUUCCCCGCAUGACGCGAUGCGGCUUACGAAGCUGGUCGCCAAGCUGAGAUCGACGUUGACCCGCAACUACACGAUUGCGCUGACGAUUCCGCCAUUCAAAACUCAGAGGAAUGGAUACGUGCUCGACGACCUCGUGGCCAAUGUCGACUACUUCGUCGUUCGCACGCACGACAUUCACGGUCCGGACACGAACACGACGCACUGCGCGUCGCCCUACACCAGCAGUGGCCCGUCGCUGACGAAAGCUCUCGUCGACGUUGUCGAAGACGUGCCACCGUAUACGAAUCAGAAAAUCUGCUUUAGCCUCUCUUUCGCAGCACUGUCGUUGCAACUCAGCAUUACGGCAUCCGCGAACCGGAAUUCGGCGCCCGCCACAGUUCUCGGACCGGGCAUAGAAGGCAACUUCACUCGCACGAGAGGUCGCAUGGCCUUCUACGAGGUGUGCGCGCUUGGUGACCCUGGCGCCUUUUUAGAUUUCAAGGAGAUUUGCUCCUACAAGAAGAUCGGAAAGAACUGGAUCGGCUACGAGAGUCCCACGUCGCUGUCGUCGAAGGUUUCCGAAAUAUUCCGAAAGUUGAAGAUAUAUUGCGUCGCACUGUGGGACAUUGAUAUGGACGACACGAAAGGGACGUGCGGGCUAGGCCGCACGCCUCUCCUGGCGUCUAUCCAUAAGGAGCUCGUCACGGCCUCAUCGCAUAACCGAGCUGCCUCAGUUUCGGCACAGGAGGCACCGUAAUGUGCGGAAUCAGCACGCGUAAAAAUUUUGCCGUU